AUGGCUUCGUCUGUCGUCCAUCUUUUCGAUAUCGGCAGCAACAUCUACACGCUGAGAGAUGUGGUGGACGAGAUCCGGGACAAACCCACCCGGAGGAGUCUGGCCUUCCUGCCGUACACGCUCAACUUCAAAGAGCCGCAUCCCGAACACAUCAGACUGGUGACCGAGUUCUCCAAGAAGACCGGAGACUACCCGAGUCUCUCCGCGACCGACAUCAAGGUGCUGGCUCUGACCUACCAGCUGGAGCUGGAGCACGUGGGCUCCCAGCACCUGAAGAAAGAGCCGGAGAUCAAGGUGAAUAUUCAGAGCACACAGCGCCACCCAGAGACUCCCGUUAACGUCGCAGGUUUCCACUUCCCCGCCAAGGUAACAAACGCACGAUAGCUCUCUCUACGAACGGAGACGCCGCCACACGGAGACGACGAGUUCAACAGCUUCCAGUUCUGGAGAGAGCCGCUGGCGUCCGUCGACAGCGAGCUGCUGGAUCUGCUGGAUCCGGUGGAGGUUUUAAAUUCGAAGAACAAACCGAAACAGGCGGACCGGGACGAGUUCAACAGCUUCCAGUUCUGGAGAGAGCCGCUGGCGUCCAUCGACGACGGCCUGCUGGACCUGCUGAAAUCGGACUCCGCCUCCCCAUCGCCAUCAGAGAGCGGGUUGGACACGGCGCCGAGGACAGGCGACCAAUCGGACGACGAGGACAAAGAGAACGAGCCCGAAGACGAAGAGGAGGAAGACGGAGGGGGGUGGAUCACGCCCGGCAACAUCCAGCAGGUCAAGAUGGAGUCGGGGGAUUGGACGGCUCCGGCUGACGUCACGGUCGGGUGUCUGACCACCGACUUCGCCAUGCAGAACGUUCUGAUCCAGAUGGGACUCCACGUUCUGUCGGUCAACGGGAUGCUGAUCAAAGAGGCGAGGAACUACAUCCUGAGGUGUCACGCCUGCUUCAAGACGACGAGCAACAUGAGCAAGGUGUUCUGUCCUCACUGUGGGAACCAGACGCUGAAGAAGCUGGCCGUCACCGUCACUGAGGACGGCAGCGUGCACAUGCACUUCUCCAAAAACCCCAAAGUGCUCAACGCCAAAGGGCUGCGGCACUCUCUGCCGCUGCCCCGCGGGGGGAAGCACAGCAACAACCCCCAGCUGGUGGAGGACCAGAGCUUCCCCCAGCAGAGGCUGUCCCGCAAGGCGCGCCAGAAGACGGACGUGUUCGACCCCGACUACGUGGCCGGGGGUUCGCCCUUCUGCCAGAACGACAUCUACAGCCGCGCCGCCAACCUGCACAUCAGAGACGGCCAGAGCGGGGGGGGCAGGCGGCGAGCCAACCCCAACGCCACGCACAAGAAGUUCGUCAAGAAGAAGUGAGACAUCAUCGGGACUCGUGUUGCAUCACAGGGCCGCUAGAGACGCAUGUUUGAGUCCUUGAUAUCCCAGAGCAGCAGCUUCCCUCUCUAACACACACACAGAGACACACACACACACACACACACACACACAGACACACACACACACACACACACACACACACACACACACAGAGA